UGCACCAAAGGUGAGAUGUAUUGUGACGCCACAAUGGAGUUCACGCGUCAUUAGUUACAUCACCUACGUGAUUGAGACGUAACCAAGGACCCAGAAAAUAAAAACCGGAGGAGUCCACCCCGACUCUGCCAUUAAAGAAUUUAACGCGAUAGAAGAGCACGUCUCUCGAUUUUUCCAGUUUUCCCUUUUCUUAACAAGACACCUGAAAGAACAACAACAAUGAUAAGCUGUGAAGAUUACAGAAUGAAGGAAGAUCCAGUCCAAUGUCAAGCAUGCAACUCUCAUUUAAAAGAAGUGCAGAAUUUGAAAGCUCAGUUGAAGUGGACUGAAAAUGAGCUACAGGCCACACAGGUCCAGCUGAAGAAGGCUGAGAAUGAGCUUGCAGCAAAGGAGCAGAGCUUGAACAAAAUGCAUGCUCAGUGCGAGGCUCUGGAAAAGAAGAAUAAGGAGCAAAGUCAGAAUCUUAAAACUGCUGUUCAGGGUACAGACAAUUAUCGUAUUAAGAUGGAGAACCUCAAGAAAGAGCAUGCACAGGAAAUUGCACAACACAAGAGAGAUUACUUUAACUUGGAAGCACUUUCUGUGAAUGAGAAAGAAGCAUUAAACAACUUGAUUGAAAAGUUGAAAAAGGAACAAUUAAAGGUUUCUCUUGACAGCCAGAUUCUAGAAAAAGAAUACAAAAAAGAAAAAAAAAGACGUCAGCUGGCUGAGAAAGCACCUGAGACCCAUGUUCAGAUUAGUCCUGGCAGCCAGAUUCUAGAAAAAGAAUAUGAAGAAGAAAAAAAAAGACGACAGCUGGCUGAGAAAGAACUUGAGCAAGAAAAAAAAAGAUGCCAGUUGGCUGAGAAAGAGAUUGAAAAAGAAAAAAAAAGAUGUCAUUUGGCUGGGAAAGAGGUGGAGACAUAUGCUCAGCAAGUAUCUCAGCAGAGGAAAUUCUUGAAGUUUGUGGCAGAGAAGUAUGCCACGAAGAGUCACCAAGAUGCAGAAGAGCGUGAAAAAUUUCAAAAAAAGUUGUGUGUCCUGCAGAAGGAAACAGAAAAAUGUGAACGAAAAUUUGAAGUUCUACAGUACAGUAAUGUAAAGGUCUUCCAAGCAAUGAAACAGGAAUGCACGACAGAAGCAACAAACGAAGACACAAAGAAGGAAGCAGAAAUAGAAGAAGAACAUAAAGCACCAGAAGCAAAAGAUAAACAUGAAAUGAUCGUCUGCCAUCAUUGCACUAUAAAUAUGUUCUGCUUUGACGGGCAUAAGAAGAAACAAAAAUAUGAAAACGGUUGCUUUUACGAGAUUUUUAAACGGAUCAAAAAGAACAUUUUUAGACAAAAGGACACUUAAAAUGUUGCAUUCACAAGAUGAUACAAAGUCAUCUGAGUAAUAUAUAAUGUAUGACAUGAAUUAUGUGACAUUGUAAUAGAAAGCCAGGACUCAAUUCUUAAGCAGCUAUUCAUUAACGACUAAACGAGGAUUGGGAUGAAGUACCUCUUCAUAAAAGCAGUAAUAAUUCCAAAAACAAGAAGUAACAACAAGGCUAGAUGUAAGACAAUUGAAUAUACAAUCCAAAAACGAAGCACUUUCACAUCUUGAGAUGGAGACUUCGUUAUACUUCAAUGUAACAUAAAUAAAGCUCCUAAUUAAUAUAACAAAACUAAAAAACACCAUCAAUCAUUCAAAUAGAAUCAGCAAAUUGGCUUGCAUAUCUGAUUAAGGAUUAAAAUACCUAUAAUGUCUGAACAAGACAUCACAGAAAUAUCUUAAGUGUACAUAAAUAUAAUGUCAGAACAUACAAAACCUAAAAGUGUGCAUAGAAGUGAAAAACAAAUAUAAUAAAUUCAUAUAUUAAUUCUGGAACCCCCCACCUAAAAAUAUAAAAAUUAAUAUGAAACAUUCGCACAAAAUAAUCACAUAUAAAAAUCAGUAA